ACAAUAACUGAAGAAGAAACCUCACUCCUGCACAAUCCUAUAGCGAUGGCGGGAACUCAAUCCCUCCACAGCUUCCUCUUCUCUUCUCCACGGAGCAAUCCAUUGGCGUUUCGGCUCCAAAUUUCACGUCUCUCCUCCAAUGGCUCACUGUUGCGUACCAGUUCUAUCGAUUUGAAUCAUAAACGCCAAAUUUUCAGACCCAUCAGAGCCUGCGGAUUGCCCGAUAAGAAAGACGAGGGUGGAAGGAUAAACGAACCUACCGGUGUUUUGGGUUCGGGAAACGAGGUUAUUUGGUUUAAGGCUUUGUCGAAUUUUGUAGAUGAUAACUUUCUUCCACUAGCUCUUGUCACUGCUGUAGCAGCAGGAUUUGCAAAUCCGAGUCUUGGCUGUCUUGCUGAUAGGUAUUAUCUCUCAAAGUUUAGCACAGUUGGGAUAUUUGUCGUCUCAGGGUUGACAUUGCGUACUGCAGAAAUCAGUGCUUCAGUUGAGGCAUGGCCUGUUGCAGUUUAUGGGCUUGCUUCUAUUCUUUUGCUUACUCCAUACUUUUCCAGGCUGAUAUUACAAAUUCAUCUCCAUCCUCAAGAAUUUGUAACAGGAUUAGCAAUAUUUACAUGCAUGCCUACUACAUUAUCAAGUGGUGUGGCACUGACUCAGCUUGCUGGUGGGAAUUCUGCACUUGCUCUGGCAAUGACAGUGAUAUCAAAUAUGCUGGGAAUAUUGGCUAUUCCAUUUUCCAUCUCAAAAUUUGUAGCUGAUGGAGUUGGUAUCACUGUUCCAACGAAGGAGUUAUUCAGAAGUCUCGUGCUUAUGCUGCUAAUUCCUCUCAUUUUUGGGAAGAUCUUGAGAGAAUCAUUCAAAGGAGUGGCGGACUUUGUUGAUGAAAAUCGGAAGCUUUUUCCAAGGAUUAAUGCAAUCCUUCUCAGUCUUGUGCCAUGGAUGCAAGUGAGCAAAUCAAGGUCACUACUUCUGAUGGUCAAGCCUGAAGCAUUUCUCGUAGCCAUAGGAAUGGGAACAUUCUUGCAUCUCAGCUUAUUAGCCUUUAAUGCUCUUGGUAUACGAAUCCUAGCAGCCGUUUCUGGUGGCAGUCAAUCUGUUUUCUCAAGGAGAAGAAAUGCCAGUGCCGUUUUGCUUGUGGCAAGUCAGAAAACUCUGCCUGUAAUGGUGGCAGUCGUCGAACAGCUUCGUGGCGCACUCGGCAAAUCCGGUUUGCUGGUUCUUCCCUGCGUUGCAGCACAUAUAAUCCAGAUUAUUAUCGACUCCUUCCUUGUCAACUUUUGGCCUCGUUCGGAUGACUCGUCAAAUAAUGUGAAGGUAAGCUGAUUCAAUGCUUUGAUAUCUUCACAGCUCCUACCAUUAUGCUUGAUGGAUGCUGGAAAUGCAAGUUUUUAUUUCGCAAAUAUUCUACUAACCAUUUCUUCAAAAUUCUUUGAGUUCUUAUAGUUGUACCAGAUCGCUAUGGGUAUUUAAUUGGUAGGAAAUGGAUAUUAAUCACUUUUAUUAUUUUGUUUCGUUUUCCUAAUAAAAUUUUGUGCGAGAUAAGAGACCCUUAUAUCUCGAUUAUCGAUUAAAA